AUGUCAGAAGCGGAUAAAGAAGAGAAAUUUUCCAAUUUCUCAAACAUUCAGUAUUCACAACCCGAAUUUUCAGACGCGGAGGAUGAUGUUGAGAAUCCAUAUCAAGGUGGGGAUGGGUACUCACAAGGACUCCCAAGGGUGCCAAUGGCACCCCCAUCACCAACAUUAUCAAAGAAGGAUAAAAAGAAACUGAAGAAGCAGAAAGAUAAGGCAGCAGUCGCCGCCGCUGAACAAGCAGCCUUUAUGCCACCCCUACCUCUACCCCCAUCACAAGAACCUCCAGCACAAGAUGAGCCAUCAGCAGCCUCAUCAAGUAAGAAGAAGAGCAAGAAGAGUAAGAGAAAAGACUCAAAGUCGCUGCCAGAAGCUCCUUCUAUACCAAUUCCCCCACCUCCAAUUGCCGAGGAGAGCAAGGAGCCGGAGAAGGUAGACGAGGAGAAGGAGGCAGAGGCAAAGACUGACGAACCUGAAACGGCCGGAAUACAGGACAACGCCGAUACCAAGGAUCAACCAGCUAUGGAGGAUAAGGUUGCUGAUGAAGAGACACCCACAACAGAGGCGGCUUCCAAGGAGGACGAACCAUCCAAAGACACCCAAGACGAUGAGACUCACAAGGAGGAGGCACCUGCUGAAGAGCCACCUGUAAAGGUAGAUGCAGCUUCAGCCGAGACACCAAAUUCUGAGGCGGGAGAGGAGGCCACUCAAGUGGAAGCUUCAGCUCAGAGCGACACAGCCGGAAAAGAGGAUGCGUCUCAGGAAGAUACCAUCAAAGAAGACGAGAAGCCUACAAACGAACCCCCCCCGGCAGAGACACCAGCAGCUGAAGCUCCCACCAGCGAAGAGGUUCCCCCAAAGGACGAAAAGGCAACUGAGCCUGAGGCAGUUGACAAUCCGGAAAAGGGUAGUGACGACGACGACGAUGAACCUUUAGUGGCAGCUGAACCCAAAUCUCCAAGCAAGAGCCAGAAGAAGAAGAAGAAAGAAAAGGAGAAGAAAGAGAAGGAAAAGAAGGAGAAGAAGGAGAAAGAGGAAAAAGACAAGAAGAAAGCAGCUGCAAAGUCUGAGAAACCCCAACAUCACAAGUCAAAACACUCACACUCUUCGUCAAAGGAGGUUGGCUCUUCCAAAGACAAAGCCUCUGACCCACCACCUGUUGCUAAGGACAAGCAAGAAGAGGUGACUGCGCUAGCUGAGCCAAAGGCAGAGGAAACUAAAAUCUCCGAGCCCGAAACGGAGGCCCAGCCAGUGGAAAAGGCAUUGCCGCCUUCAGAACUCUCGAAGGAAGAAGUCCCUUCAGAAGAACCAGCACCUGCUGAGGAGCCAACGCCUACCGAGGAACCGGAGCCUUCAGAAGAACUAAAGUCUGCGGAAGAGUCAAAGUCUGCGGAAGAGUCAAAGCCUACCGAGGAGCCAACGACUGUCGAGGAACUAGCAGAGCCAGUAUCUGCUGAAGAAUCAAAGUCUGCCGAAAAACCAGAGUCCGCUGAAGAGCCAACGCCUGUCGAAGAAUCAACACAUGGCGAGGACCCCGAGCCUUCAACAGAGCCAACGUCUACUGAGGAGCCAGCACCUGCUGAAGAACCAAAGCCUACCGAGGAAUCAAAAACUGCGGAAGAACCAGUACCCGAGGAGUCAAAGCCUUCAGAAGAGCCGAAGGCUGAUGAGCUACCGGAGUCAAAAUCUGUGGAAGAGUCAGCGCCUGUAGACGAGACAAAGUCUCCAGAACAGCCAGCACCUGCUGCAGAGCUAACGUCUACUGAGGACCAAAAGCCUGCAGAAGAGCCACAGACUACUGAUGAGCCAAAGCCUUCAGAAGAUCCAGCACCUGUCGACGAGCCAAUAACGCCUGCUGAGGAACCAACAAUGGAGGAACCCUCAACAAAGGACGAAAAUGCCGCAGAAGAGCCAAAGACUGCGCGUGAAGCCUCAGCAGUGGACAAGUCUGAUGAAGCCGAAGCUGAGCCCAAGUCUACAGAGGAGGCGCCACUUCCAUCAGAAGCCCCAGCUCCUGCCGAGGAGUUGGAUCAUGUAGACGAAUCCAUGGCUGAAGACAAAUCAACAGAAGAGCCCUCGCCUUCGCCUGCCGCGGAAGAGGUAUCUUCUGAGGCUGUUGAAGUAGAAGAUGACGCUAAGACGCCUGAAGCUGCACAAGAACCUGAAGCGGCAGAUAAUCCCAAGCCUGAGGAAGACAAACCACUGGAUACAGGUGAAGUUACCACCUCGGAAGCGCCUUCAGAGCCUGAAAAAGUCACUGGAAGUGAAGCCGCGACUGCUGCAGAGGAGGAAAAAUCCCCCGAACACGGCAACGUAAACUCCUCUGACUCAGAGAACAACCCGGAGCUAGCAGACGAAGCCACUGCUACGGUCGAGGUCGAUAAUGCCUCUGAAGAGACACCUGUCAAGGACACAGAGGGCGAGCCUGAAGACAAACAAGUCGAGAGUGACGAGGCACUGUCGGCGCCAGACGAAGCUUCUUCUUCAGAUGACAAGGCUGAUAAGAAACCCGCUGAAGCUGAGCUAUCUAGCGAGCCAGAGAAGACAGAAUCCAGCAACAAGAACGACGCACAGGCGACGACACCUUCAGAAGAUAACAAGGACGAGAAGCCAGCUGUUUCUACCGACAGCAAAGAGUCUUCUCCUGGAGAAGAAGCCGAGAAGGGCGACGACACUAUCGCUGCUCCAUCUAAAAAGGAUAAUGCUGAAGACGCAGACGAUGUACCGGACGAGAAGGAGGCGCCAACUCCUGAUGUUGUACAUUCAGAGGCGGACAAGGCGGCUGGCGACGAGACCGUCGACGAACAGGUGCCGGCAGCAGAACCUCCCAAGGAAGAGGCUCCCAAGGAAGAGGCUCCCAAGGAAGAGGCUCCCAAGGAAGAGGCUCCCAAGGAAGAGGCUCCCAAGGAAGAGGCUCCCAAGGAAGAGGCUCCCAAGGAAGAGGCUCCCAAGGAAGAGGCUUCCCCCACGGACGUCACCCAAGCAGAAGAUACAGCCGUUUCAACUUCAAAGAAAAACAAGAAGAAAAAGAAGAAGAAGGGCAGCAAGAGUAGUAUUGAGAUACCAGUCACAACUGAGCCAACAGUUGCCCCUCCUGAUGAAGCAGCAGCCAGAGUCACGACUGAGCCUACUGUCGAGCCUACUGUCGAGCCUACUGUCGAGCCUACUGUCGAGCCUACUGUCGAGCCUACUGUCGAGCCUACUGUCGAGCCUACUGUCGAGCCUACUGUCGAGCCUACUGUCGAGCCUACUGUCGAGCCUACUGUCGAGCCUACUGUCGAGCCAGAAGCUCCUGUUGAGUCUGUUGUCAAGCCUGAAGUUUCUGAAGAGGCCUCCCCUGAUGAAUCAACUUCUGAGCCUAAGACUUCUACCGAGACCAAGACUGAUAACUCGGCUACAGAAUCGGCUACCGACCCCGAAACUGCUGAAAAGGUUCUCCCCAACGAAUCAACUCCGGAGUCGGAGCCCGAGGCUACUGCUGAUCCUGAAGCUCUCUCCGAUAAGCCUACUUCCGAAUCCACUACUGAGCCUGAAGUAGUCGAGAAGACCACCGUUGAACCAGAUUCUGAGCCAGAAGCUGCCCUGUCUGAAUCUGAUAACCCCGUUGCUGAACCCACCGCUGAGCCCGAAGUUACAGAAAAGGCUGUCGUAGACGAGCCAGCUCCAGAGUCCAAGAUUGAGACUGUUGCUGAGGUUAAAACCCCUAUCGACCCUGAGACUGCUUUGGAUAAGCCUUUUACCGAGCCUGAGGUUACCGAAAAGGCCGUUGAGCCGGUUUCUGAUCCUGAAGUUGUUGAGAAGGCCGCCUCCGACGAGCCACCUUCCGCGCCCGAGACUGCAUCUGAACAGCUAGCAACUGAGCCUGCUGCUGAGCCUGCUGCUGAGCCUGCUACUGAGCCUGCUACUGAGCCUGCUACUGAACCUGCUGCCGAUGCCGAUGUCGAGGCAGACUCUGCUAAGCAAGCUUCUGGACCAGCCCUUGAUGAGUCUUCUACGGAACUCAAGCCAGCUGCCGAGAGCACUGCCUUCAAGGAACCGCCUUCCGCGACCGAGACUGGGUCUGAUCAGCCAGUCGCUGAGCCUGCCUCUGACUCUGCCCCUAAGUCUGAACCAGCUCCUGAGUCUGGACCUUCUACAAAGUCCGAAGUUACUGCUGAAUUAGUAGAAGAGACCGCCGAGGCUGUCGCUAAGUCAGAAAUCGACGCGGAACCUGAACAAGUGGUUGCGCGUAAAGAUGAUUCUUCUGAAGACGAGGACUCAUCCGAGGCCGAGUCGGAUGUCGAGCCAGAUAAUGCCGUGCCUGUGGAGGUUGUCAACAACAAAGACAUCGUGGAUUCAGACACCGAGAGCCUAGAAGGCAAGCCGGCUAAACUUGCUACAAGUGCUGAUAGUGAAGUGGAUUCCGCCAAACCAUCUGCAGAAGAAAUGCCAAAAGAAGUCGAGGAGGAGCCGUCACCAUUGGAAAAGAAGGGCGACUCUCAGGAGGCCCUGGCUGAGACCGAAGCACCCAUAUCGGCCACUGAGCCCGAAAAGAAUGAUGUCGAGAUUUUGAAACCAAGAGCUGCAGCAAACGAAGAUAAAGACAGUGCUGCUGUGGCAAACCUGAGCGAGUCAGAAGCAACAUCUGAAAGUGAAGAAGAUGAAGAGCAGGAUUCCGAUUCUGAACACCUACCAGAAGAAAGCGACAAAGCCACAGACACGUCCCCUGUUACGAUUGUAGAAAAAGAACCAGCUCUUGCAGAGAAAGAUGUACUAGACUCGGCGAAAGAAGAUGACUCUGAGUCCCCAAUCACAGAACCUUCUGAUGAUAAGAAGGACGAGCCUUCGCCCCCUGAGAUUUUCGCAGAGAAAGUCGAUGCAUCUGCUGCUCCUGCCAACGAAGAAACAGCCGAGAUGUUGCCCACAAAAUUAGCAGAUGAUACUGAAGCAGAGGAGUCGGUCGACGAUCCUGUUGAUGAGAAGGAGCCAGAAUCCGCAGCAGAAAAGUCUGAUGCAUCUCAGGCGAAGCCAGAGUCUACUGCUAAAGAAGGAACAACAGCAGGGAUUGAUACCGCUGAGGGCGAUACUUCAGAUGAUUCUGCUUCCGAGGACAGUGAUGAAGACGAUACUGUUGUGUCUACCGCAGACAAAGCCGUCGAUGCAGAAUCAUCGCCAAUGUCUGCCAAGCCAGAAGAUGAUUCACCAUUAGAUGACAAGGCCUCACACACUCCUGAUGUUUCGGAUACCGAUGCGGCGAACACUCAAGUCAACAGCGAAAAUAGCAAGGAUCCGGGCGCCGAAGCAGAGGUUGCUGUACAGGAACCACUCGAUGAGGCUGUGCAAGAUAAAUCUGUGCUCGACAACGAAGUGUCUAAUGAGCCUGAAAGCAAAGAUGAACCUUCACCCCACACCGAUGCUGAGGAAACUCAAGAGCCAGUAGCUUCUGGAGCAGAUGAAGACAAACCGGAAGAAAGUCCACUCGCUUCUACGAAAGAAACGGAAGAGCUAGUCGAACCUGUCGCUGAGGAGGAAGCCAAGCAGCCAAUUGACGAGGCGACAGGACAGGAUGAGAAACCCGAAAUUGAAUUGCCGCCUUCGGACUGUAAGCCGGCUGACGAUGAGCUUACUUCGGACAACAAGGACUUGGAUGCAACACAGUCUACACAGCAGGCAGCCGAAGAUACUGGAUCAUCCGAUGAGGAUCCCGCAGAUGAAGUCCCCGUAGUUGACGACAAGCAGGAGACACCGGGUGGCUCUGUACCGAGCAAGCCAGAGGAAGUUGAAGACACGACCUCGGAGGAGAAGCCAGUUGCCGAAACACCUGUAGAUACCGAAAACAUACAUGAUGCAGCUGAAACUUCUGAAGAGAAGCCGGCAGCGCUAGAAGCCACGACCUUGGCUAGCGAGAAACCAGAGGAAACGCCUGCAACGGGUGUCGAUUCAGGAGAAAGCGAAGCACCAGAUGCCACACCCGACGAUACAGCUGAAGUUGACGACAAACCACAAGGCGCAACUCAGCCCGAUGGCGUGGCAGAACAAACAGUGACCGGGCUUUCUGAUAGGGAAAUGGAUGCACCCGCUCCUACAUCUGAAGAUAGCGAAGCCAAGGAGUCGGACAAGACUGCUGAACAAGAGCCAGCUACAGAGUCGCUAGCGACGGACGAGAAACCAGAGGAAACAACUCAAGCAUCUGAUGAUGAGCCAGAGCCAUUGGCGGCCGCUAGCGAUGAGCCAAAGGAAACAGAUGCCCCUGAGGUUCAGCCAGCAGAGGGGCAUACGGUAGCUGGUGAUAGUCCGAAGGAACCUGAGGUCACUGAAACUGAACCAGUUGUGGAGGUUCCCGCGCAAGAUAAAGAGCCAGAAGCAGAGGCAGAGAUCGAACCCGUGAAAGAUGCAUCGGUGUCCGAAGAGAAACAGGGCGAGGAAGAACAGACGGGUCCAGCUCAAGAAGAGCCAGAGGAAGGCCCCGCACCAGCUGACAAUACGCCAGAGGAAGAAGACAAACCUGUCGAAGAAGAGCAUACCGAAGCUUCUGCAACUUCUGAUGACAAGGCAGGCGACGAUGCCAAGCCAGCAGAAGAACCACCAGCAUCCGCACCUGUAGCCGAAGACGAGCUCAAUCAGCCACUGCCCACUGCCCAGGAAGAAUCUAAGGAGAUCUCUACGGCUGACGAAGUUACGGAAGAGACCCCAGCAGUAGAACCUGUGCCUGCGUCUGAAGAGCCCCCGGCCGGUGACACAGUCUCUACUGACGACAAAGCAGUCGAUGAUUCCAAAAACGCCGAGGAAGCGGCGACACCAGCAGUACAGGAGCCUUGUCAACCAGAAGGAGAGGGUGAAGCAAGACUUGCUGAAGAAGCACCAGCUCCGGAGCCCGAGGAUACCAAAGUCGAACCUAUUGAUGACUCUGCUGAUGUACCUCCUGCCAAGGCGGAAAAGAAAGAAGACGAACCAGUCAAAGCCGCCACCAAGGAAGAUACGAGGGCGAAAGAAGAUGAAGAGAGUAAGGACACUCUCGGACCAAUUCCAAGGACCAAGAGGCCAAUUAAAAAAGGUGAGGAAAAUGGUUCAUUACAAAAUACCCCUUUUGAUUUUGCACAAAACUAUGGAAAUUCUACGGAAUUAAAUGGAGAGAUGGAUCACGGCGCUUUGGAGUUGCUUCCAGACGAUACCCAGGAAUUUCCAGAAAGACAACGCUACGAACUCAAGAGCCGGUCGUCAACGACUGAAGCGCCGGGUGACCAGAAUAACCAGACUGCCACAGGAAUCGCGAUGCCAUUAGCGGUGGACGAGGACCCACAAGAUCGAGUCUUGAAUAAGACUCUGGAUCUUGAUCACCAGGAUGGCGAUCUGGUUGAGAGGCACCCAGCCACCAGCAACGCUAGAGAGCCCACACCUGGCACUCCACACGAGCAGGGUACUUCAGACCAAUCGGAAGACGCUGUCAAGGAAAUUGACCCUGUAAAUGUCAACUCGAUUGCUACCGCGACUCCCCAGCCUCUGCAGCCCGAGACUGAGACACUUACCAAAGAAACAAACUCAGAGCCAUCUUACAAUACUCAUGAUGGCAAUGAGAAGUCUGGGAGAAUGGAUUCAUAUUUUCCAGUCACAAUUGCUCGCAGCGCAUCAUCAGCAUCAGCUUCGGUAGUUUCUGAUCAAGAUUCAGAAAUUUCAGUGUCUUCGCGUACAGCGGCCGAAAAGUCUCAAAUACAUCGUCUCGAUAGCAAAGACAGUAUCGGCCAUGUCGAACCAGACGUGAACAACUCACCAUCAGGGUUAUUACAACCUACUGAUACACUGGACCUUACUCAUCAGCCCAAAAUUCUGGAAACCGACUUUGGCCAUGUACUACAUACAUCCCGAGAACUACCUCAGGAGUCUGAGGUGAGCGUUGCAGAACCCGACGAGCAAGACUCAGACUCUGAUUUAUCGGAGAAUGAAUCCAUCGAGGAUGACAAGUCAGAAUUGGAGGAGCCACUCGCGAUCCAUAACCGAAUCCCGGAGCAGCCACAGGUGACUGAGUCAGCUGAAAAUCGAGAAGACGACACAGUCCCACCAGAUGCCCCUAAAUAUGACGGGCUUGGUUCAAAAACAGAAACAGCCAUUGAAAGACAGGCGAGUGACGCUGCAUCCGAUGUUAGCUCGCUAGAUGAGUCUGAAGACGACGACCAUGAAGCGCCCAGGUCUAUCGAUGGACGAUCCUCACCUGUACCCGCCAGUUCCGUCGAUAUUAAUCACAAGGAUUCUCGCCAAGACGUCGACUCAGAUGACGAUACAGACGAUAACGCCAGCAAUGCUGAACAACAGGGUACUACUUCUCGACGCUCCUCAAUUGAUCGGUCAUCUGACCCUGUUACGAAGCGGGACCUCGAAGUUCAGGGCGACGACGUUUCUUAUGAACCACGUGAACCGGCUUUGGGGCAAGAUGAAACCGUUGGCGAGACUAUGGCACUUAAAGACAACGAUACCGACUCUGAAGGCGAUUCUGACGAUGGCGAUUCUGACGAUUCUGAUGAUGGUUCUGAAGCUUCUGAAGCCGAGAAAUCUGAAGUUAGCAAUGGAUUUGAGCAAACAAGAGAUCCUAUUGAAGAACGUGGCUUGAGUCUGGAGCUGGACGGAUCUGCUCUCGCCGUCGAUCAUAGUCCAUCAGUCGAUGCCGCAUCGGCCGCUGCUAAAGAGGACGAUGAUUCCACGACAGAUGAAGAUGACAAUGAAGACGACGAAGAUGACAAUGAAGAUCCCAAACAUGCUCUACCCGGUCAUGAGCGUCUGGACCCUGACAUGGUUUUGGGUGGCUCUCAAGUCGGAACAAUCGAGGCAGAUCUUGCUGGAGAUGAUGACGAGGAUGAUGAUGAGUCCGAUGUAGACCAAAGAAGUCAAAUUAUUGACAGAGGUCAUUCGCCCGCACCGGAAGCAACUCUCGUUUCAAAAUCAACAGUUGCCGAGCAUCAAUCUCAAUCCGGCGAUGAAGCUCCACUUGAGUCUCUCGCACAAGCUUCACCGGAUGCACAUCAAACAAAGCCCUCGGAAUCAUUGGAUCAUGUUGCACUCGAAGCUGAGGAACCAGAUCUUUCCGACUCUGCUUCCUCGGUGUCCACAGAACCAGACACAAUAGGGAAAGAGGUUCCAGAUCACCAGUCUCGCUCGCAUUCCCCCAACCCUGAUCUUCUGCACUCUACACCCGAGGAUAUUCUCCUGGAACCUUCAGCUUCUGCCCAAGAUGAAACCACUACGAAACCCGAUGAGCCUGCUGCUAUACCCAGAUCUCCAUCACCUGAGUCAGCAGUUGAAAAGCAGCCCAACAAGCUUCCAGUUCCCGAUACAUUGCAGGAGCUCUCCGAGGCAGACACCGAGUCCGAAGACGAGAAGGAGAAUGUACCCCAGGCGCGAGAUUCUUCUUCGCAUUCGGUCGUCCUCAAUCAAGGAAACGAUUCGGAUUCUGAUGCUGAUGACGAGUCUGAACACGAUGAGCCAACUUCUUCUGUACUGCCGGAGAUCCUGACAACUGAUGCCAAACUUUCCUCUGAAAGACUGACAACGUCUGCUGGUGCCGCUCGGAACCUUGCGGCCCUGAAUGAUGAUGGACCUUUGCAAACCGAGUUGGAAGACCGAGAUUCAGAAGUGUCCGACUCUGAGGUGGAUGCAGAGAGCGAACAUAUCGCCAGCAUCACCAAAGACGAUAUGGACCAGAAACUCCCCGCGGGAACCGUAACCGAUGAUGACAGUGACGACGAUAUCCAUGUUUCUAGGGAUAUCUCCCCUAUCGGCAUUGACAGGAUCGGUGCACCGCGUAACCUUGGGCAAGUCACUCAAGUUCCGGGGUCGAUCGAGGACACCUCUGAGGAAAGUCAAACAAUGCAUGAAGAGAAGGGCGAAGGACCGUCAGAUGUCCAACUUCCCGACACGUCCUCAGAGGCAACCAGAGCCAUUGGGAACGAGGUGCAUGUUGUCGAUGAAUGGCAGCCCCAGCAGGAAGCGCUCGAUAAUAGGCUCUUUGAGGUCAAGACUCCAGACACAGAUGACACUCAGCUUUCAGAGCCAAAGCCUGCUCAAGCGGCUGAGGUGAAGUCUGUGGGGCUUAACCGGCCUGAAAAUGUGGCCGUCAAGGUUGUCGAUAUCCCUUCCCGUGAUAAAGGCAAGGCGGUUGCUGCUAUGCCGGAGACCCCAAAGCGAUCUGGUUCUAAAUCACGUACCCGUUCUUCAUCCCGCAAUGAGCCUCCUCGGACAUUCUUGACCCAACAGCAACGACCGCGAAGAUCAUUAAGAGUUCGUCCUGUGACAGAAGUCUACACCAAGGACCCCAUCUUCGUCCCUGCUGUGAGCCGGCCGGCCGACGCAAAACCUACACAACGACUUCAGCCACCGCGUACUGAAAGUGAGCCAGUCCAAGUUCCAGCACGUCCCCUGCUCGGUCGGCCUCCGUUGGAGACACAGGGUGAAUCCUCAAGAACUGCAGCGCAGACAGAGGUCGUCGCCAGGCCCAGUUCUUUCCAGGCCGACGGCGAGUUAUCUAGAGCUCCUUUGAAACACGACCUCAGGCACCCAACGGUCACUGUUGAUGAGGGACUCCGAGAUGCCGCAUCCCGGGCGCCCAUUCCGGCUGGUUCAACUACAGAGUCUGAAGUCCAAAGACCACCCAGUCCCGGCAUCGUGAUUCCUGAUGCAGAGAUGAUUGAUCUACAGCGGUCUCGCACAUUGAGGCGAACCCGGAAGAAGUCGAUUCGGCAGGCUGAGGAUACACUGGCUGCAGCUGUAGUCAUUUAUGCCACCGCUGAGGCACUGAGUCCUCCCGGUAGCCCAUCGCCUUUCGAUUACUUCAGGGACAGAGAUGUACCUAAUCUGGAACAUCAGAUGAAUACAGAACAUAAUGACUACAACUUCCCAGUCGUUUCUACACCACGGGGAAGCUUUGAGGAUGAACUCGAUGAGUUUCACAAGUCUAAUGCUGACUUGUUUGCAGACGAUAGGAGCAGAGAAUCUGACUCGUCGCGCAGCGAUAGAGACAGAGAUAGACACCGCAGGCGCCGGCACUCGCAUGCGUCACAACGUUCUGACGGCAGCCGCGGUGAAGAAGAACGAGAGCGAAGACAUCGCACCGAUGAAGAGAGGCGAGCUCAUCGAUCUCGAGACGAAGAUGAGAGCCGCCGUCGCCGACAUUCCUAUCGCGAUGAAGAAUCUCGACAUCGUCGUCACCGUGACGAAGAAAUACCACCUCGUGACUCGCGUGGCGAUGCCGAUGCCAAGUCUAGAAGUUCUCGUGGAUCUGAAGAAUCGAAAAUCAAGGGCUAUCGUCGCGACGAAGAUUUGCAACCACGCGAAUCCCGCAAGGUCGAAGAGCCUGCUUCACGUAACCUCCCUCAAGAAGACGAGGGCCGGGAUCGCAGAAGGCGAUCUUCUCAUACUCACCGUCGUCAUCGUGCCGACACGGCUGAGUCAGGACUGCCCGACACGUCUCCCAGAACACCCAGACGAGACAGUGGUUUCUCUGCCGAUAAUAAUUCUGGCAGUUCCGGCAGUGGCAGCAAACGUCGAACGGCAGAUGAGCAGGCCACCCACGAUAGACGCAAAGCAGAAAGGUUAGAACGACGAAAGCGAGAAGAAAAUGACCGAAGACGCGAGCCCUCACGCUACCGCGAGUCACGACAAGAAGAAAAGGAUAAAGAGAGGGAGAGGGAAAGGCGAAGCAAGGGUAAAGAGCCCGCACGUGAGCCAGAACCUGAACGUGAACCAUUCCCAGAGCUAGAGCCACAGCCAGAGCCCGAGGGAGAACGACACCGCCGAUCACGUCGACAAAGCCAUUCCGGUAGGCCUCGGCACGAAGAGCACAGGGAGCGCACACGCGAAGAAUCAGUUUCGCCUGACAAGAAGUUGUUUACCGCCAAGAACUCUGAACGUGUCUUGGAUGCUACUCCUCCACCUCGUGAGGAGGUUCUUGUUGCAGAGCCAGUCAGAGAACGCACGAGAGAUGUCCCGCCAGAGGACUCCCCUAAACGUUCCUCGACACGACAUAGACGUAGUACUCAUCCUUCCGCCGAAGAGUCACGUCCUCGAUCAUCACGCCGUACACGUGAUGACCCUGCCCCUGCCCCUGCCCCUGAACCACCGCGAGAGAAGGACAGGGACCGAGAGAGGACGAGAGAUAAGGAGAGAACAAGAGAGGGAGAAAAAGAGCCCCGGCCUGUCAAGCAUGUCAGAAUGGACACGGAGGACACUCGCCGCAAAGCGCGACACGAAGAGCGACGCAGGGCACAAACAAGGGAGGACGACAGGAAGCCAUCGGGCAUCAAGGGUGCGUUCAAGAAACUUUUCAGCAAGUCUUGA